AUGGAUGUCACAAUUGUCGACGAGUUGUUCACCAAUCUUGGGGAUCCAGGGAAAUUUCAAAUGGUUUCAUAUUUUUUCUUGGUAACAAACAUGAUAUUUGCUUUGGCGACUCAUUUGAAUGUCGUAUUUUAUGCGGCCAAGACCCCACACCAUUGCAAACUAGAUAUGAACCAGACCUUGCAGGAUUUUGUUCCUUUAGUGAGACACAAUUUAAAAUAUGAAGAACAAAUAGAUGGAUGUCAUGUUUAUACAGCAUUGAACAGUUCUGAGACGGAGCCAUGUCGCAAUGGAUGGACAUACGGUUUAAAACAUGGAGAAAAAACUAUUAUCUCGGAGGUAAUUGCAGAGAUGUGAACCCUAAGUAACAAAAAUGCGGGUGAUAUAUAAUUUUUGACAUGACGUCAUUUUUUGUUGUUGAGAAAAUUGAUUGGUGAUUUAUAAAAGCCUUGCUAAGCCCCAUAUUUCUAACUUCCAUAGAUAUUUAUAUUCUUGUUUAUGACAAAACAGAUGUAUACAAACGUCUUAAGAGUUAAGUCUAGUUGAAGUAGUCAAGUAGAUGUGCGCAUGCAUACACUCUACCAACCAAAAACAGAACAACGAAUCAAGAAUCAGAAGACAGAAUCACAGAAUGCGGGUGAAUUGCUAUAAAAUUUGCUAAUGCGGGUGAUUUUAUGUGCCAAUUUUUCCGCGUGUGAUGAUUCCAAAAUGCGGGUGUCACCGACUCAAUGCAGGUGAGUUCACAUAUCUGUAAUUGCAUAAAUUUGAAUAUUAAUAUUCAUUUUUUCACUUAAUUGGUUAAAGUCAAAUCUGAACUUUUAUUUUUUUCUCUACCAAUUUUCGGGUGAUGGCCAUGUUGACAAAAAACCCUUCCUGUUUGCAUCAUCCCAUCAGAAUCAAACCAGAGAAAUGGGUCUUUCCAGAAAUGUCCACACUCCCCCCACAAAGGAAAUUUUUGCUGUCCAGAGGGGGAAGGGAGAAAAAUUUGUUUCUGAUAAUAGUAAGGGGUACUUAUUCACAGGGGAGGAGGGGGGUUAACUUCCAAUUUCCACCAUGGGGGUGGUAUGGAUGUUUUCUGGAAUGACCCAAUACCUAUUUGACUAUUUCUGCAAAAGAAAACCCUCCUGAACACACAGACCAGAAACAUGAUAUUUUUUCUUAUAAUCUUGAACAGUCUGUGCCAGUGUUGUUAUUGUGUCAAUAAUAAGAAAGCUUUGGAUUGGUAUAGUGAUGCAAGUACCUGAAAAUACAAGGAAAACUUUGAUGUUUUGAGCGAAGGCCGUUUGGUUACUAACUUUCUGACAAAGGGCCUUCACUUGAAACGUCACAGUUCUUGUAUUUUGCAUCCCUAUCCAUCCGACAUUUUUUUUUGCUGUAUUUCUUCUAGUUUAAUCUUGUGUGUGAUGAUGCGUAUAAAAGUGAACUGGCAACAACAAUAUACUUUGGUGGUGUCCUGGUUGGUUCAUUAACGUACGGAUUUCUUGCAGAUAAAUAUGGUCGAAAGCCUACCCUCGCAUUUGCUCAGUUAUCAGCAGGAGUUCUUGGCUUUGCAAUAUUUAUAUUUAGAAAUUAUUAUGCAUUUGUCAUCUUACGAUUUUUUCUUGGUAUUCAAGUCCAGGUAUAUGAGAUGAUGAUGGUUGCAGUUUGGUUGUGUGUGUGUUUGUUUUCUGGAAAGUAUGUCCAAGGCAGGAAAAAAGAAUUUUCUUCCUGGGAGCACAAACUGGAGACAAAAAUGUCCUGUAGACCAACGAAGUAUUUUUGUGCUAAAUCUGCAUGUGCAUAAACAUAUAGUGUUCUAGCUGACCAUGGUUUUAAAUUCAAGGAAUAAUGUCUGUCAACCAUAUGUUCAGUGGCAGAAAUCUUGGUCGGGGGGGGCGGCCGCUCCCCCCCCCCACCUUCACAGAAAAUUGAUGAAUUUUCGGAAAUUUUGGCCUAAAAGACGGCUAAAAACAGUCUUUUUGAGUGCAAAUGGGGGGUAUGUCGGAAAUUUGAAAGUUUUGUCAGAAAUCUAGAAGGCUUCCCCCCCGCCCCCCCACCGGAAAAAGUGAAUUUCCGCCACUGCAUAUGUUGUUGCGCCCAUAGUGGGACAUGGGUGUUAAUUAAGGUUUCCUUCAAAUUUUCAAUAGGAAAUCUUCAUUCAAACUAAUUUCCUGCAGCUGUUUAACAUUUCCUACAAGCAGCUAGUGCUCACCUAUUUUUUCCAGCCCUGAGUAAUGCCAGCUUGGCUAUGCAUGCAGCCUUGCUUCACAGUUGAGAUAUUAGGUUUUACUAGCUGUCACCUGUUUGGCAGCUUAGUAUCUUUAAGAACUAGCUGUCAUCUACAUGACUUAAUACAAGGCUCUAAUAGCCAAUUAGUGAUGUACUUUCCAGAAGGGUGUAUUAAUUUUUUUUAUUUUAAAUGCAAGAGGUGUAAUUUUAAUUCCAUUCUCCUGAUUCAUCUAGGCUUUUAUUUUAUUAUCUUUUGUGUUGGCUAUGGAGCUAUUCCAGACAAAGCAUCGUGCAAGAGCUGGCGUCUUUUUUGGCAUAGUGGCGGUAUCUGGGGGUGUAGUGUUAGGAAUACUGGCAUAUUUCAUACGAGACUGGAAAUAUAUUCAACUAACUCUCUCUUUCUUUCCGUUCAUUCAACUACUGUUUUUAUGGUAAGUCAAUCACUUGGUUCACUUGAAAGGAUGGUGAAGGCUAUGUGCUGGCGUGGUCCAUGUGGGCGUCGCCUUUGCCGACAAAGUUAAUAUCUAUUAAGAAUUUUUUAUUUUACACAGUGUAUCAAUAUUGUAACUGUUUUGAACAACUAAAGGACAAACAAAAUCAAACAAUUAGGCCUUUGGUUAUAAAAUGAUAUUCAAUUUGCACUAUAUUUACACUAAAGCCAUGGCAAUUCACUUUGAUAUUUCAAACCAGAUUCUGGAGUCUGGGCAGGUAUUUUAUGUUGAAAUUGUGCUGACAGAUAUAACAUUUGGGGGUUAGACACCGCCCUGGACCCCUCUUUGCUACACCCCUGUCUGUCAUUAAUGUCUCUUCAUCAUUUUUCAGUUUUGUUCCAGAGUCCCCACGCUGGCUGAUUGUGCAUAAACAAUUUGAUAAAGUGGAGAAGAUUGUUCACCGUAUAGUUUCUUUCAACAACUUGCCAUAUCCAGAGCAAGUCAUGCAAGGAAUUAAAAACAACAGCAGCCAGUAUCAAACAACACCAGGUCAAAAGGCAACUGUUUUAGAUCUCUUUAAAUCUCCGUCCUUACGACGGACAACUUUCAUCUUAAUUAUCAUAUGGUAAGUAGCAGGACCUUCUUAACAUGGUAGGCUGUAGUUGACAGGGCCAAGGUCCCAGGCUGGACCCCCACCCAAUAAUUUUUAUGAGAAUGGCUUGUGCAGGAGCGCCAGUAAUAUCCAAUCAACUCUUAUCAACUCUCAAACAAGUCUUGUUCUUGUUUGACCGGGACAUGAGAGUUGAGAAAACUCUGAAGCAAACUCUCGCUUCUCAACUCUCAUCAACUCUCAUGCAACUCUUGUUCUCGUUUGACCGGGACAUGAGAGUUGAGAAAACUCUGAUGCAAACUCUCGCUUCUCAACUCUCAUCAACUCUUAUGCAACUCUUGUUCUCGUUUGACUGGGGCAUGAGAGUUGAGAAAACUCUCAUGCAAACUCUCGCUUCUCAACUCUCAUGCAAACUCUCGCUUCUCAACUCUCAUCAACUCUCAUGCAACUCUUCUCGUUUGACCGGGACAUGAAAGUUGAGAAAACUCUCAUACAAACUCUCGCUUCUCAACUCUCAUCAACUCUCAUGCAAUUCUUGUUCUCGUUUGACCGGGACAUGAGAGUUGAGAAAACUCUCAUCAACUCUCAUCAACUCUCAUGCAACUCUUGUUCUCGUUUGACCGGGACAUGAGAGUUGAGAAAACUCUGAUGCAAACUUUCGCUUCUCAACUCUCAUCAACUCUCUGCAACCCUUGUUCUCGUUUGACUGGGGCAUGAGAGUUGAGAAAACUCUCAUGCAAACUCUCGCUUCUCAACUCUCAUGCAAACUCUCACUUCUCAACUCUCAUCAACUCUCAUGCAACUCUUGUUCUCGUUUGACCGGGACAUGAAAGUUGAGAAAACUCUGAAGCAAACUCUCGCUUCUCAACACUCAUCAACUCUCAUGCAACUCUUGUUCUCGUUUGACCGGGACAUGAAAGUUGAGAAAACUCUGAUGCAAACUCUCGCUUCUCAACUCUCAUCAACUCUCAUGCAACUCUUGUUCUCGUUUGACCGGGACAUGAGAGUUGAGAAAACUCUCAUGCAAACUCUCAUCAACUCUCAUGCAACUCGUAUUCUCGUUUGACCAGGGUGAUACUUGCAAAUUAUUAUAUAAUCUUUUCUGUAGGUUCACCGUCUCUGCUGCGUUUUAUGGCUUGGCGUUCAAUAUUUCGUUUUUGUUUGGUGAUAAAUACGUAAAUUUUGCGAUAAGCGAGGCAGUAGAUAUGUGUGCUGUCGUGUUAAUGUUCUGGGCUGUCCCAAGGUAUGUCCAUGCAGAUAACCUACAGUAUAUAUUAUAUUAUAUAAUACCUGGCAUAUUUCAUGUUUAAUAAUUGUUAAGUAUAUCAUUUCAAGUCCAUGAGGCAUGACUUAUUUCCACUUUGUAUGGAAUUAUAAGUGAUGAGGAAUUUUUAAAUUGAACGUUUGUCUCCUCGUCUGCUGUAGCUUUAAAUGUAGUUCUCAAAUUCUGAGUUUCAAAAUGGAUUUUUUAUGUCGUGAGUUUGUUUCUUAUUUCAUGAAUUCUAACUAAAGCUCUUUGUGUUAAGGUUUGGUCGUCGAAGGCCUUUGACUCUCGCGUUCUUUAUUUGUGGAAUGGCGAAUGUUAUUGCAGUCGUUACAAUCACUAUUGAAUCAGGUAUUACAUUUCACGGUUGUUCCAACUGUUUGAUCUCCUGGCCCAGGGGCAUCGGCGGGACAGUAAGAGUAAGGGGCCAUUGCAUAGACCAUUGGCAUUCUAUUAUUUUUUGCCGUAAAUACACCACCGUAAUGCUUGAUUUAAGUCAGGACGGCAAUAUUUUUUCGUUAUUUAGAUGCAACGUGGGUAAAAGUUCUGGGAACAGCGACUGCACUUCUUGGAAAAUCUUGUGCAGUAUCUGUAUUGAAUGCGUUAACUACUUUCACUGCCGAACUUUAUCCUACUGUUAUACGGUAAAUGAACUGCGUUUGAAUGAGGUUGAAAUGUACUCUAAAAUUCUGUAAUACAUUUUACUUUGUUAUUAUCUUUUGUAUAUUUUACUUUUAGGAAUAUAAGUCUUGGUGUAAAUACUGCGUGGACAAGAAUUGGAGGGAUGCUUUCACCCCAGAUAUUUUUGCUUGUAAGUUUCCUUGCGUUUUGUGUUUCAUGGUCUGGAAAUGGAAAUUAUGGAAUAUGGGUGAAACAAUACGAUGCUGACUGGCGUGUACACACGUAAAAAUCUCAACUUGUCACAACAAGAUACAAGCUUGUCAACCAGUUAUAACAAUUCUGUUAUUUCAUCAAGUCGCUAGCUACAAGGUUGUCACUCACAACUUGUUGACAAAUUGUUACAAUGCAGGACUAUAACAAGUUGUUGGAACAACGUGUGACAAGUCUGUUAAGCUCAAAACCUUGUGGCAAGUUGUUAACAAGCCGUUGGCAACUUGUCAACAAGCUGGGAACAAGCAGUGCGAACACAUCUUGUUGACAAGUUGUUGGGACAGCAUUGCUACAAGUCUGCUGCAGGUUUGUUACAACUUGUGCGUUUUUACGUGUGUAAAUAAAUUUGUAGUGUGAAUUUUAAACAUUGACCUAAAGUUUGCAACUUCCUUCUAUAGGGUGCAUACACAGCUACGUAUGUCCCAUAUUGCAUUCUGGGCGUGAUAUCUCUCACGAGCGCUUUCUUAAUAUUACUGCUGCCUGAAACACAUAAUAAAUCAUUGAUGGACACCAUUGACCAUGUCAGAAAGGAGGUUGUGGAAAUGAGGGACGACGAUGGUGAAAGUUCGCAAAUGGUGGAGGAAAAGGAAGCGUUAUUUCAUGAGGAAUCUUCAGUAUAG